GGGCACCUAAGUUGUGGUAUUGAAGGUGGAGAGAGAACUGUACAUGCACUCCUCCCACCCACAAUUCCGUCCGGCCCGAGACUAGAUGGUCAAACUUGCUGGAACAUGAUAUGUACAGGGAACCAUAAUAUGUCUUCUAUAUAAAGAGAAAUUAAUGAAUUUAAGUUUCAGAUGGGGUGUACUUAUUUACGCCGUGUCGGUAUAUUUAUUGUCAAAGCUUGAUAAAGUCUCACAACAAGCCACUGCUAAAUUGUUUAAUUUCUAAAAACUUUGGAACAAACGUAGUUUUUUUUUUUUUUUCAGAACGUAUCAGUUUGUCUGGGGACGAUUUAUUUGUUUCAUUGUGUGUGAUAUUUUGAAAUCUUUUAAUGUUACAUCACACCUUAGUGUUUUUCAGUGUUAAAAUCCAGGCUUCAAAACAGUGAACUUUGUCAUUAAAUGGCAUUUAAUACAAGGCAUUUUAUAAACCAUUUAACUGUUUUACUGUAUUGAGGCAUAAUGUUUUUUUUUUUUUUUUUUUUUUUUUUAAUCCUGUCAUAAAGUUUAUAGCAGGUGUUAACAGUGAUCAACAAGCAUUAAUUGUGAAGGGUGGGGUUGGAUGGGGAUACACCCAUAUCGUUUAUGCAAAAUGGAUAUAUAUACAUUAAAGAACAGAAUUAGAAAACAACCAAUUUCCUAAAUUUCAAUGUCCUUGCUAGGUUAUUUGAAAAAGAACUAAUCAAAAUUGGACUACUUACAGAUACCUCCAAGUUAUUAGUGUUAAUCUGGCACCUGGUGCUAAUAUCCUUAAUUAUAUGAUGAAAAUAGGAGAUUGCAUGAUGGCGGGCUGCUCUAAGGUGACUGAAAACCUGUGACAGAAAGUUGUCCAGGCAAAGACCAAAAGGAUGAUGCUUUCAGCUAUUGCAAGAGAAGCUGAUCAUUCAGAAUCUGUGAUUUCUAGAAAAUUGCAAGGUUACAAUGACAUUAAUUCAAGUUCCCCAAAAAGGCUCACUGUCCACGGAAGACAAAUGAAUGCAAAGACAGCACAAUGCGGAGACUCGAUGGAGAAUCGGUUCAACACUGCAGCUUAAAUUGCUGUCCAGUGCAGUGCUGAACAGGAUAAGGAUCUGUCUCUGCAAGUUGAAGAGAAGUCAGACUGAAAGUGCUCGCUGCAGUGAUGAAGCCUCGUCAAAUAGCUGAACUCACCUUUGCUGAGGAGCAUGUUGUAUGAAGAGAACUGGUUCAAAGUUCACUUUAGUUAUGAGAGCAAGUUACAUUAAUUUGGGUCUGAUGGAAAACAUUUUCUUCAACUGGGGAAAGACCCUCAAGUUUCAUGGUUUGUAGGAUGUUUUCUGCAGUUGGGUCUCUUAUACAGAUACAUGGCAGUUAAAAGCAAAUGUUUUUUUCUGAAUCUCCUUCAGCAACAUGCAAUUCUUUCCCUGCAGCUUCUUCCCAUCAGCCUGCAAUUUUCAUGCAAUGCCACACUGAAAAAUGGGGAAAGCAGUUCCUUGAUGAUAAAACAUAGAAAUAAUGAAAGAGCGGGCCCAGAGUCCUGAUCUAAACCCAUUUGAAAAUCUUCAUCAAAGGUAUAGCUAAGAAACCCACUAAAGUUACCGAGCUAUGGAAGAGACCGGAAGAAGAAUGGACUAAGAUCACACCACUAUUGUGUGUGAAUAUAAUGAGAUACUGUGGCUGCAGAUGUGUCAUUCAAAGCAAGGGCCUCUACACUUUAUACUAAUUUCUGACAGCUGUAACCUUCCGAGAGUUUAGACUUUUCAUGGACCCAGUGAACAGUGCGGAGCACAGCAGUCGUGUACUUCCUGAAAGCACAAGAUGUUGUAGUGUACAUGUAGUGGCCUGUAGUUGGCGAUAAAUGGACUCGCGCUGCUCCAUCUGCUCCACCAGAAGAAGAGGGAGAUUCAAAACACAGCUGCUGUGACAGCGAUAAAGUUAUCAACAUGUGCGAUGGCAACAUCAGCUGUGCAGUCGUUCGAAUCGAACCUCUUCACGAGCGCUGGGACCUAGUGGAACGUUGUGCAGAAUUACUCAGUACCCAAUGGCAGCGCAGCAUGGGGGCUCGAAUUCACUCGCUCCGUCAGUCGAGCCACAGCUAUCCAGUGUGUCUCCUGCUGCUGAAUGGGGAGAGACAGACUCAAGACGAGAAGCUGAUAGGACAUGCCCGCUUGUCCUGCGUUCUGGGGAGCCGUAGUCUGUUUGUGGAGUCGGUCGUGGUGUGCACCACAUUACGAGGGAAGGGUUAUGGCCGUAUCCUGAUGGAGGGUGUUGAGCGGUAUGCCAAAGGACGGGGCUGCACCCGAUUGUGUCUUACCACCCAUGAUAAACAGCACUUCUAUGCCCAUCUAGGGUUUGUGCUGUCCAAACCUGUCCAAAGUGUCGGGACGCUGGCCUCCUUCAUGCCCAUGGAGGUGCUUCACAAGUUCUGUAAAAGCACAGAGAAGGAGGAAGAAGGGAAGAAGAGUGAUGCUGAUUUUAACAAUCCUGCAUCAACUGUACCUUCCAUUUUACCACCACCUCUUCCUCAUCUUCCUCCUCCUCCUCCACCACCUCCUCCACUCUCCAGUCCUCCUCCACCACCUCCUCUACUCUCCAGUCCUCCUGCUCCUCCACCUCUUCCAUCUUGUCCUCCAUCAUCCUUGGCUCAAGUUACACAGACUCUGGAGCAAACGCCGUACACUGACAACAGAGGGCUGCCCAUCUUCUGGAUGCACAAGGACAUCUGAGACUCUUCAGUCUGUAAUAAUUCAGGGAUACGCAAUUACAGUGUUUACAGGACAAGAAGGAUCUCAUAAACCUGAACUGUUUGAACUGUAAUGACUCAAAAUACUGUGACAAUCUGAAAGUGCCUUCAUACCAAUGUUUCCUUUGUUUUAACUGCUGAAAAAAAUAAUAAUUGAAAGGAUGUAUCUUAUCACAUCUCUCUAAAACAAAUUUCACUGGUGAGAUUAUGAGCUACUUUUAAUGGAUUGCAUCAAAAUAAAAACUUUCUAUAAACUU